CACCGACGGGUGCCGUGGCGCAGAACGAGGAGCGUGCGUAAUGCUUAACGUCGUGCACCACGGUCGGAAAUACUCCCCCACGCGCUCCCCGGUCACAGACGACUCUCCAUUAACCGUGCGGGCUGUUCACAUCAAGAAAUCCCCCGGUACACUGACCGAGGCACCGGAAGCUACUUGGCCGCCGCCGAGCGCCAGGAUGCGGAUCUCUAAGGUUAGCAAGGGCGCGGUGGUGGUCAGAGCUGUCCGGCGUCAUCCGUCUCCUCAACCGCCCAGUCUGGAGAGCCUGGAGGCGGCUUGGAGUGAGCGAAGGCACUCGGAGGUGAAACCACCGGAGAGUUUACCGUUCAAUGAGAGGAGAAACGGCGAGCCAGAGGCCGCCGUGAACGGGGUGGAAGGUCACGGCGGAGGGCCAGUGCGGAGCAGGAAGAGGGGGUUCAGACCCCCUGAUGUGAGGACCAUCUUCUCCCCCGGAGAGAGGGACCCCAGGGUGGAGGAGGAGUCCGGCGAGGGACACACCUUCGAGCCUGGAGGCGAGAACACCUGGUGUGAUGUGUGCUGUCACUACAUCUUACAGCAUGGGCUCACCUGUGCAGGCUGUAAGUACACGUGUCACGCGGCGUGUCGGGACCGAGUGUCUCUGGACUGUCACCCUGCAGCUUCACCCAUCAGUCAGGACCAGCUCAACAACAACACACAGCUGCAUGAUGUGGAGAAGGAGCGAGAGCUGCGGACCGAGUUCAGCAGGGAGGAAAUCAGGCAGAAGAUCGAGCUGUACAACUCGGUGACCAGAGACCACCUUAAGAUGACACUGAGUCAGACUGGUGUGUAUACUGGUUUCGUCAAGGUCCAGAUGGACUUGAGGAGGCCCGUGACGGUGCGGGGGGGUCAGAAAGGAGCGGGAGGAGUGGUGGUGGAGGAGGCCUUCUAUCUGCCCAGAGGAGUCACCAACACCCUCCACAUCAGCUCCAAUAACACAGUCAAACAGGUGAUCGUCGCCCUGCUCAACAAAUUCACAGUCGCAGACAACCCGGCCAAGUAUGCCCUGUACAAACGCUACCGCAGGGAGGAGCAGGUGUAUGUGUGUAAGCUGGCGGAUGGCGAGCAGCCGUUGUUUCUUCGUCUGGUGGCGGGGCCCGACACCGACAAGCUCAGCUUCGUACUGAGAGAACAACAGACGGGAGAAGUCAUGUGGGAUGCAUUCUCCAUCCCUGAGCUGCGUAACUUCCUGCGGAUCCUCGACAAGGAGGAGGACGAGCAGAGGGAGGCGAUGAUCCGCCGCUACGAGGCCUACCGCCAGAGACUGCAGGAGGCGCUGAGGGAGGUCAGAGGGCCUUCUUAGAGGACUAACCUCCAGAAACAGGACUGCUGCCCCCUAGAGGGACGGAGGAAGUGAUUUUUCUUUCCUCCGCAGGGGAGAGAAAGUGUGUAAAUUUUGUUGAAGAGAGGGAUGUGAACGCAGAAUAAGAAGAGAGGAUCCAGCGCCUGGAGGACGGGAUGAUAGAGACAGAAGGAGGGAUGAUAUAAAGAGGACAGCAAGCGAAGGACAAGUGGAUAACGGGAUGAAAGGACAGAACCGGGAUGGAUGCUGCUGGUGUUUGAUUCAGCCUGGAUUAAAGACUUCAAACUGCUGCCUGCAGUCUGUCUGCUCACACCAAAGAUUCAGUUGAUUGUGCCAUAUUCACUCAUCCCCCCUCCAUCCAUCCCUCUCUUCUUCUUCUUCUUCUUCUUCUCUCACUGUCCUGCUGUCACAUAAUUUAUGCAGUUUAUCUGAUUCCUCGUCGGUUCCCCUUUUUAUCCUUUAAACUUGUGAAAGACUCAAGGCCAUAUGUUGAGUUUUAUUUAAUGUGUUUGUUUGAAAGGUCUGUACAUAUUUUUUUUUCUUAAUUUAUAUGGGUGAAGCUCUUUUUUUUAUCAUUUUAUUUUGUUUUCUUACAACAAAAAAGUCUUAGUUUAUUCUACAUAGGCGGAGCACCACACACAGGGAAUAGUUUAUCCAGUCUGCUAUUAGCUUAGCUACAUGACAGGAAGUCAGAGAAUAACCUGGAAGCAAAGACGUGUUGAUCGUCGCCGCAUUUUGCUUGAAUUAUCCUGAAAGUUUCUGAAGUGAGAGAGUCUGCUUGCAUGUAUGGAGUCUAAAGUGUGCCAAAAAAAAAAAAAGUGAGGACUUUUUAUUAUUAUUGUUAUUAUUAUUACUAUUUUGUCUCUUUUAAUUCAGUGUGCAGACACUUUAAGAAAUGGAAAGAAUUUUAACAUCUAUUCAAAAAAGUAAUUUAGCAACUCCAUUAUACAUUAAAAAUUUUAAUAAAUAUAAAAAUUGCAAAUCACUCAUAUCUGUUUUCUGAAAAUAUUUUUAGAUAAUACUUUUGUUUAACUCAUUUUAUGAAUUCAGCAUAGAAUUUGAAUGUACAAGUAGCUAUAAUAUAUAUAUAUAUAUAUAUUUACUUGUUUUCUUUAUGCAUGAUGAUAUUGCAGAUUUAAUUAAACCAUAAAUAAUUUCUCUUUUUUAGCUCUUUUAUUAUCAUUAUUGGCACACUUCAGACUCCAUAGAGGCCGUCCUGAAACAACGUUGUAGAUGAAGGUACAGAGAAAUAAAGAGGUGAAUUUCAGGUUUAGUGUCAUGACACAUGAAGUGGUGAUGUUUCGACUGCAAUAAUGGAGUCAGACAGAUGCUUGUGAGCACAGGUAGAAAUUCAUUUUUUGUUGUAAAAAGCAUUGUCAUGGAGAGUGAAGACGAGUGAGGAUGACGACCUGGUUGGAUUCAAGCCUUUAUUUGCGUUUUCACUCCACCAGCAGAGUUUGAGGAAGCAUGAACUGAUGUAGUUUGAAUAGAUGUGACCCCUGACCUUUGACCCUGCAUGGUCGGAGCAGGGAGGAGUGAGAUUUUGACCGGUUUCUGGAAGUUGACUGAGCAGUUUAGAGGAAGUAGACGAGAAACAUUAGAUGUAGGAAGGAAGAUAAACAGAGAAGUUUUGUUUUGGAAAUGGACAGAGGAGGUGUACAUGGGAAAGACUGUCAUAAAAGCAGUGUGACCAUAACCUUGAGGACAAUGACGGGAUUUUCCUCAAAGCAGAGUCACCGUGAUUAACUGCUUGCUCGCUUUUUGCAUUUAUGAAAGCUCUUAUAAUCCACAGCGGAGAGAAAAGGAGGUCUGUAAGUGCUGAUAGCUGCAGAGGACAGGGGAGGAAAAAUGGCUGCAUUGUGUCGUUCUCCUGUCCGUCUGUCUGCAGGCAUUCAUUUAAAACGCCUGUGUUUUUGUACUCUUAUCUCAAGUUGAAACGUGCAGCCUUGACCUCUUUGUCAACCUGGGUUUCAGCUUUUUUUUUUUUUCUUGUGGAUAAAAGAGAGAAAUAUUAAGGAGGGAAAUGGAAAGAAAGGAUGGUAGGAUAGAAGGGGAUAAGCAAAGGAUGGAAGGACGGAAAUUUCAUGAAAGAUGCUUUAGGGAGUGCAGAAGAAGGUGAAAGGCCUUUUGUGCAGUUAGGGUUCAUGUGAGGCUCCUUGUGAGGUCAUAAAGGCCUUUUGAUGGUGUUGCAAGUGAAUAGCUGCCUUAAAUGUAUAUACAAAGUCUUCUUUGGUAUAUGUAAUUAAUCAUUUAUGGCUUUAGAGACCAAAGAGGCUUGUUUUCAGUGUAGUUUUGUCGACAAAUAUUUGCUUUUUGAAGCAGCAGUUAUUCAGAUAUUUAAGGAAACAACAGACAAACAAGCAAAAAUAAAUCAUAGAGAUAAUCGAGUCAUUAAAAACAUGUAAAACGCUUCAUUGUUUGAGCUGCAGGUACUGAAUGAAGUCAAGCCGGCUGCUGCUGCGGUGCAUUUCUGUAGAACACGCUUGUACAAUAUCGCCCUCUAGUGGACAAAUACUGCAACUGUUCUCUCAUUUCUGUGUCAAAUCUAUAUCUUACAGAUUUAUUUUAUUUGUUUUGUUAUAACCAAAGAUAUUUUUGUGGUGUUGCCUGGAGCAAAAAUCUAUUCGAGGCCUUUUCCCACUGGAGGGAAAAAAGUAGAGUUUAGAGUUUUAUUUAAAGGGGUUUUAACCCUGGUUUAUUCUACUAUCAAACACUGGGUUAAAUCUACGGAAGCAAAAAGGCCACAAGGGUUUGAACGUUACAAGCAACUGAAUACGUAACAGUGAUAUUUAAAGGGGCAUUCCACCAAUUUUAUCCAUAUUCAGUUUCGAGGAGUUAUUAAAAAAGAAACCUCUGACGAUGUCAUAAUGAUGUCAUCUCAGCUUGGUCUUGAAGCAUGUGAAUGUGUGAAGUUUGAGGCAUUUCAGAGGCAGGGAGGGUCUGAUGGAAGAUGUUAUUUAGUUGCAUUAUGGGAAAUGUAGGAUGCAGCUUUUUUGAGCUUGACCUAUACAAGAGACUAAAAGAACGAUUUUUAGACCAUUAAUUUUGUCUCUCACAAGUACACAAACUUUAUGGAACUGCAAUAAUGAAUAACUGGAGUAGCCCAAAUGCUUAAUGUUGAUAUUUAAAUACCACUGAAUUUAGAGCAUGAAAUAUUUAGCUCUAGUGAUUUAAAGUUGGGGUUCACAAAUUCAGAGAUUAAAUUCAUGUGUAUGAAAAAACACUUGUGUUGUAUAGAAGUUGCUCAAAGUUAAGAUCUAAAAAUUAAUUCAACUCAUAAAAUCAAGUGAUCGAAAUCCAUAUAAACAUAAAAAAAUUCUACUUUCUGAAUCUUUGAAAUUAGCUGCUGUAUAUUUCAAAGAUAAUUCAAACCACAUACAUGAGAUGUUCAGCUGCUUAUGAAUCUCAAACUAUUUUGGCCCUUUUAUCUUCCGUAUAAUAUAUAUAUUUUAAAAUGAUAUGAAAGUCUGCAUGGAAACAGUUGGUGUAUCUUAAAGCCAUGUUGUUGUUGUUGUUGUUGUUGUUUGUGUAUCUGAUAAACAACUUUAGCUUUUAAAACUCAUCAGACCAGACUAGUUGUAUCAAUUAAUCGUUUUUUGGGCACUUUAACUUUAACUUUGAAUUCAGGGAAAACGGGUUUUUUAAUUUUUCUUUUUCCUCCUGUUUAAUCUGCAAACUGCCGCCAUCACACUCUGUACUUUAUCUUAACAUCUAAUAUACUCUAAUCUUAUUUUGAAAGACCUUGUUAAGCUCCACUCAUAAUUGUGUUUUUUUAUUUUUAUUUUGUACAAAUGGAAGUACAGUGUGACAGAAGUUAUUUAAGCUCAUUUUAUUUUUUGUCACAACGAGCUUCCGUAUGUUUUCUCAGAGUUAACUGUCCACUGUGAAACGUUUGGUUGAAUCUCGACUCUCGCGUGUGUUCCUGUUUGUCUCUUUGUGUACAUACACGCUAACUGUGCACGCUAGCGGGCGGUCCGACAUUAAAGCAUGCGUUACCGUAGAUGAGCUGUGGGUCAGACGACGUUUGGAAAACGAUCUUUUGAGUGAAAAUGGUGAAAACAAAUACUGUUUUUCAAAAUUCUGUCAGAUCUGCCAGUAAUAUAAAUCAGGCUUGUUUUUGGGCCAGUAGUGUUAAUGAAUGAAGAGCUGAUAUAUGACACCUGCUGUGUAUUCAGAGAUCUUGUUUUAAGGUUGUUCAGCCAUAAUUAGAGUCACAGAGCGCCCAGACGGCUGGCUGUGAGCUUCUUUUUGACCUUGGAAAAAGAUGUUUGACCAAAAUUUCAGAAUAUUCAGAAAAUUAAUUACAUCUAGUUUUAUACUCGAUACAAGAAUAUCUAUUUGUUGUGGUUUUAAAAAUCCCAAAUUUAGAUAUCCAUGAUGAUGACCACCACAUUCACUCUGUUAGCAGCUGUUCUGGAGCUUUCGAUUAUAUUACUUGGUCUUCAUCAGCAGAAGUUUUCUUUUUUCCUGAGGACUUUUCAUCCACAAAAGCUGAGGUUCAAAGGUCAUUCCUGAUGAUGAAGCAAACACUUGCUUUGUCAAACAGCUCAAAAUCAGCUCAUCACCUUAAAUUUCCCGUCAGUUUUUAAGCUCCUGAGGUCGUUUUUCUUCAUUUUUUUGCGAUCUGUGUCUCCUAAAGUUAAAUGCCAAAGAUCUGUGUGGAGCUCUGCUGCCAUUUUUCCAUUUAUGCUGUUUUCCGUUGCACGCUGGGACUGACUCUAGAGAACAGAUGCUCAUUGAUUCAUCAGGUUUAUCUCUUGUGAUGAAUUCCUCCUAAGCACCUGAGCUCAGAAACAAGAACUCUGUUGUUCUACACUUGAUGAUAAAAAGGUCGCGGGUGUUUAUUUCAGACCUGAGCUGCAAAACGCCAAAUUACUGUCAGAAUUAGAAUCAAGGAAAGGACGAAUGAGGAGCUCAGAGAUGGUUUAUAAAGAUAAAUCCUUAUUUCAAAGUCAAUAGAAGCCAUAUUUUAGUGGAAGACUUUGUUGGAUUUUGGCCUUCGAGCUCAGGUCUGAAAGCUCGGACCUCUGCAGUGCCUUUCUACAGUGUGACAGCAGCAGAACAAGGAGCCGCAGACAGAAAAACAAACCUGCAGGACAGACGGACGUUUCACCAGAUGUCGCUUUUUGUUGCAGUUCUCUCUGUAGGUGAACAGGUUUAUCUCUGUCGGUAUCUCGUGUUUUCUCUUUGAAUCGUUACCAAAUGUGGCCUUUCCUCACACAAGGCGGGCCGCGACUAUUAAAGCUGAAAUUAAAAC